AUGCGUCGGAAGGCCAGGAUCCAGUUCGCGACGCUCUGCUGGAGUCUCUUCUUAGCCGGUUGGAAUGACGGCACGACAGGUCCCCUUCUCCCCCGAAUACAGACUGUAUAUCACGUCAACUUCGCCGUUGUUUCUCUUAUCUUCGUAUGCAACUGCGUUGGCUUCCUAUCUGGCGCCGCAGCGAACGUCUGGCUCACCGACCGGUUUGGGUUCGGCAAGGUCAUGGUGCUAGGCUCUCUGGCACAAGUGAUUGCGUAUACUAUAGAGGCUCCUGCGCCACCUUUUCCUGUUUUCGUAAUAGCAUACGCGAUCAACGGCUUUGGGCUCGCACUUCAGGAUGCCGGCGCCAACGGCUUUGUCGCGUCCUUGAAAGAAAACGCCGCGACGAAGAUGAGUGUCUUGCACGCGGUCUAUGGCGUUGGUGCGUUCUGCUCUCCGCUUGUCGCGACCGAGUUCGCGCAGCUGCACCAGUGGUCCUUCCACUUCCUCACGUCACUCGCGGUCGCACUCGCCAACACCAUCGCCCUAAUCGUGGUUUUCCGUUUCAAAGACCAAGACACCGCGCUCGCAGAAAUCGGCCAGACUGUAACUCAUCAACAAGACGCAGCGCAGGAGAACGACGGGGACAAGUACAGACAAAUGUUCAGGCUCAAGUCUCUGCACCUGAUGGCAAUCUUCAUCCUCAUCUACGUCGGCGUGGAGGUUACUCUCGGGGGCUGGAUCGUCACAUACGUGAAAGACUUGCGGGGCGGAGGUCCUUCCGCUGGAUACAUAUCCUCUGGUUUCUUCGGCGGCCUGACUCUUGGUCGCGUUGGGCUGCUUUGGGUGAACCAGAAGGUUGGCGAACGCCGCGCCAUCUUCCUCUACGCUAUCAUCGCCAUCGGGUUAGAACUCGUCGUCUGGUUCGUGCCCUCGCUCAUCGGCGGCGCCGUCGCCGUCUCCUUCGUUGGACUUCUCCUGGGCCCCAUCUACCCGAUCGUCAUGAACCAUGCAGGUCGUGUCCUCCCUCCUCGACUCCUGACCGGGUCGAUCGGCUGGAUCGCGGGUUUUGGGCAGACGGGCUCGGCGUUCCUGCCUUUCCUCACUGGAGCGCUCGCACAGAAAGCUGGCAUCAAGAGCUUGCAGCCGCUGUUGGUGUCGAUGAUGAGCUUUAUGGUUUUCUUGUGGGCUCUCGUUCCGAACUCGCCUCGUCGCAUCGAGUAG